GCCGCGGGGGGCCGGGGCCGCACCGGGGGGCGGGGGCGUCCCGGCCCGGGCUGUCCCAGGCCAGGCCCGUGCCGCGGCUGCAGGUUGCCCCGGGCCGGGCCGUGGUGGGCAGCCCCGGGUCCGUGCCCGUCCCGCCGUGCCGGGUAACCGCGCCUGACCCCUCCGGGCAGCGGGGCCGCACGGGAUGGCCGCCCGCAUCCUGCACCGGCUGCGGCACGCGCUGAGCGGCGACAGCGCCCGGGAGCAGCGGGCACACGGCAGCGGCGAGCCCGAGGACUGCCCCGAGAGCUCCGAGCUGGACGACGACACAGAGGGGCUGUCGACGCGCCUCAGCGGCACCUUGAGCUUCACUAGCCACGACGAGGAAGAGGAGGAGGAGGAGGAGGAGGAGGGUGCCGGAGAGGAGCUGGGGGAGUCGCCGCAGACGACGGGCGCGGCAGGGGGCGCAGAGGACAGAGAGUGGGGUCCCGCGGCGGAGCGGCCGGGCGGCAGCCUGCUGACCCGGCAGCUGCAGGAGCUGUGGAGGAAGUCGCGGGGCAGCCUGGCACCGCAGCGACUGCUCUUUGAGGUCACCAGCGCCAGCGUGGUCAGCGAGCGCUCCUCCAAGUACGUGCUCUACACCAUCUACCUGAUCCGCUCCGGCCGCUUCGACAAGGCCCCGGCCGCCAUCACCCGGCGCUACUCGGACUUCGAGCGGCUGAACCGCCGGCUGCGCUGCCGCUUCGGCUGCGACAUGGCCGGCGUCGCCUUCCCCAGGAAGAGGCUGCGCCGCAACUUCACCGCCGAGACCAUCGCCAAGCGCAGCCGCGCCUUCGAGCAGUUCCUGUCCCACCUGCACUCCAUCGCCGAGAUUCGCCGCUCACCCGAGUUCCUCGAGUUCUUCUUCCUGCAGGACCUGCGAGCCGCGCAGCGCCUGACCUGCACCGGCAUGUACCGCGAGGCCCUGGCCACCUGGGCCAACGCCUACCGGCUGCAGGAGCGCCUGGGGGUGUGCGGCUCUGGCCGCUUCCUGCUGACACUGGCCGGGCUGGCCGUCUGCCACCAGGAGCUGGACCAGCUUGGGGAGGCCCACGACUGCUGUGAGCAGGCGCUGCAGCUGCUGGAGGCGCAGGGCAGCCACCCGCUGCUGGGGCCCUUCCUGCAGGCGCACGUCCACCUGGCUUGGAAGGUGGGCAAGGACAAGCGGCGCUCGGAGGCGCGGCUGCAGGACCUGCGGGAAGCCGGGCCGGCCCUGCAGCAGCAGCCCACGCUGAAGGAGUGCCUGAUCAAGGAGCCCCUGGAGUGAGCGGCAUGGCAGGGGCACAGAGCGGGCGAUGCCGAGGGCAGGAUGGGGCAGGGAGGCGGCGCUGGGCGCCCGCGGGCAGCAUGGCCCGAGCCUGGCAGCUGCCUCCUAUGUGCACUUUCUCUGUGGUUGGUGUCCCACGGGACCGGGUGCUGACGGGUGCUCGCUGCCCACCCCAGUGCUGCUGGGCACCAGCCCCUCUCGCUGGGGGCUCCUGGCGUGGCCGGGACGUUAGCUGGGGACACGCUGGCACUGCAUAAGGGAAGGGAAGGGGCUUCUGGCAGGGCCCGGGGCUCUUGCCAGCAGCUUCCCAUGAAACUUACAAAGGACUUUAUUAAAUAAAGUCUUGCCGGGAAGAAGA